AUGUUUUACGAAAAAAUAAGUUCUUGCCUACACAUACAUCACCACGAGGACCACGAACAUCACGAACACCACCAUCACCAUGAGCCUGGCAUGCCUUUUGACUUUGCUUAUACUGUCAAUGAGGACGGUAAUGAUUAUAGCCACAACGCCAUCUCUGACGGUGACAUCACUCGAGGACAAUACCGCGUCGCCCUACCCGAUGGACGUACACAGAUCGUCAAAUACACUGCUGACUGGAAGAAUGGAUUUAACGCCGAGGUUUCGUAUGAAGGCGAGGCAAGCUACCCAGACCAGCCGAACGGCAUCCGAACUGGUGGUCAGGCGUACGCCCCUCCGAGCCAAGGAGGCGGUUACCAGUAUUAG